AUGCGUCGACAACCGUCAGAUGAACAACCAGGUAACAUAACGUCAACAAAUCGAAGUGAUGCAAAAUUCUUCAAAAAAUCUGCAAGUAUGGAAGCGCGAACCACGCAUCUUUCGCCUAGCAAUGACUCGCUAAAAUCUGCAAUACCGGUCCGGGCUACACCGGCCGCAACCACCGUUACACAGAUUACCAUUCAACCAACGGAUAAAUCAAAUUUGGAUUUUAAUUCAAAUCAAAAAAACAAGUCGAGCUUUGUUGUUACCACCGCUACUACCACUACUAGUACCUCUGUUACACCAAACAAUUGUCGGUUUAAGAAAGCUAAAAUUGUUGUACCAAAAAGUGGGUCAGCAGAACUUACACCCCCCAGCAAAAAAGAUGGUAAAAUGUUGAAUCUUCCCAGCGCAAAAUCUGGACAUGAAGAAACGCCGAGAAGUUCUAAAUCACGACUUGAACAUCUGUUUGACAAAGAUACUUCAGCCGAGAAAGCUCCACCAACUUCUGGUCGAUCAACGCAAUCAUCGGGAUCGACGUUAAGCUUGAAGUUUAGGAUUAAAAAAAGUUCAGACAAGGAACGUCUGCAUAAUAAUGCCAAAACCGAAAGUAGUGGCGGUUGUAAACAGACAUUUCUGCCACAUUCUGUACAGGGCUUAUUAACACCGUCUCGAGUAACGUCCAGAGUUACAGCAACAUUAAUGGGAAAAAGUUCACAAAAAUUUGUUAACAAAUCUUCGCAGAAUAAAAACAAAAACAAGGAAGAACUGCUUAAAAAAGCAGUUAAAAAUCAAAAAAGUAAACACUCAACACAUCCUCCGCAACCUCCCAAAAAGCCAGAGCGAUCAUUUAUUCCAUUGGCUUCUUCGAUAAUACGGGACAACUAUGAUUCUUGUUCAAAGCUGGAGAAAGAAGAAACCAAGGCACCGCUUGCUGAAUCUGAAUCAACAUGUAUUGAAAAUUCGCCUGCAGUUGAAAUACCGCCGUUAAACUUUGACCGGCUGGAAUGUAACCAAAAUGGCGGAGCUUACGGAUACGAUAAAAAACUGAUAGCUGCACCAGUAGCAACAACAACAGCGACAACGGUCAAAUGCGAUAUGAAUCAUUCAGAUUCGUUGCACGAACCGGUGGAAUACUUAACUGCUACCGCGCUUGAAGACCCAUCAGCGUACAUCGAUGAACAGUCAGCAAUAGGAUCAACGUGUUCGGUAAACGAACUGAGUCAGGUAUUUGACCAGAAGGAUUUGUCGAACAGUAGUUCCGCUGAUGAUGUCAGAGUUCUACCAAAUGAAAACACCUAUACAUUUAAUCAGAUGAUGCCAGAAGCGAUACUGUCACAUCAGGAUCAUCAACAAGCACAAGGAGACUCUCUGCAUUAG